UCACUAUUCAUUGAAGUAGCCAAAGCAGCAAUGGAGGGCAUACGCGAGUCCGUGAGAUCCGCCCUCGCUUCUAACGACGGGUCGGCAGAGCAGGGAGCACGAAGCCGUGCGACGUCCGGCUCGUCGGAGUGGACGAGCACCUACGGUGGGGAUUCGUCAGCCUCGGCUGAUUCUGACGCCCGUCCGGAAGAGGCAUGGCUACGCCGUAUGCUCGCUGGGGCACAUAUGCCAGCGACCGCAUUAGACAAUCAAGAAUCGGUGAUGAAUGAUCUUGAGGCAGUUGAGCAUGGCUUAAAAAUGAUAUGUUUUGCAAAACUUACCGAGGCAGUUGAAGCUGGAAGCCGCGCACGAGCUGCAAUGGAACAAAUGAUGCGCAUUCAAGCGAAGGAACGAGAGCAGAAUCGUCAACGAAUGCUGAUUCUUGAACAGUACAAAGACAUCAGUCAAAAACUUGCGAUUGAGAAUAGUUGUCUCAAAGAGCAGUUUGCCUCGACAAAAAUCGGGAAGCCAUCAGCUACUGUCUCAACGUCUACACCGGGAAGAAGCACAAGGAGUAACGUCGUAGAAGGUUAUGGAUGUUCGGAAGUCGAGGACAGAGUGGGUGGCGAUGUGCGCGAGGCCAAAGAAGAAGCUGUGAGAGAAGCUGAACAAGAAAGUCAGAACCGUCGACUAGAUUUUCGUGUUAAUGAUGAAUAAUACCUGGGAUCGGAUUUAAGCCGUUGCCUUUUACGUAGUUCUGCUAGCGUCAAUAAAGUUAUUUAGCUUCCCCUUGCUCCAUGUCGAAUAAAAGCUUUCUCUUCCUAGAAAGAGCUUAUAUAUAUAU